AGUUCUUUUUUUAAAUUUCAAAAAAAUGUUACACAAAAUAAAACCAGAUAAGUAAUACAAAAAUAUAUAAAUUUCUCUCACAAAUAAAUUUUGGAUCAGCUCUGAACCAUUGCUGAUUUUUCUAUAUUCAGAUACACUUCUGUGCUAUAUGUAGGUCUGCUGGUAAAAAAGUUAAAUGGAGUGGCUAGUAAUCAUCGUUACAGUGGUUGUGCUGUGGGUGGCUUCACUCUUUAAAAUUCUUCACGAAUCUCUCUCUGCCUCACAAGUUAAAGUUUUGAAUGAUGGUGGGGUUUUUUGCAAGAGAAACGUGUUGUUGAUUAUUGCCCAUCCGGAUGAUGAGUCUAUGUUCUUUACUCCAACCAUUAAUUAUUUGUCUUCAAGAGGAUGUAAUUUGCACAUAUUAUGCAUGUCAAAAGGUAAUGCAGAUGGUAUAGGCGAUGUCAGAAAAGAAGAACUUUAUUUAGCCUCGGUUGUGCUUAAGGUUCCACAAAAGCAAGUGAAAGUCCUUGACCAUCCAGAUCUACAGGAUGGUUUUGGCAAAUCAUGGAACUCUAAGUUACUGUCAAAGAUUAUCAAGGAGGAAAUUGUCAAUUGUGCAAUUGAUUUGGUCAUAACUUUUGAUAAUUAUGGAGUCUCAGGUCACUGUAACCAUCAAGAUGUUCAUCAAGGUGUACGAAAACUAUUGCAAGAUACUUCACAUAAAGAAGUUGAGGCCUGGGAGCUUGUUAGCACUAGCAUAUUGCGCAAGUACAGUGGACCAGUUGACAUAUGGUUGUCCCUCCUAUCUGCCAAGUUCCAUUUUAGUGGAGUGGCACAUUGCUUUCUAAACGUACAUCCCGGAAGGAGCUUAGCUGCAAUGGCUCAGCACAGGAGUCAGUGGGUUUGGUUUCGCAAGCUAUUUGUUUCUUUCUCAAGUUACACAUACGUUAACUGCGUUAGGAAGAUCAACUAGAUACAUGUUAAGAGUCGUUGGUUCAGGAAGACACUUGAAAGGAAGAUCGACUAGACUAGACGUUAGUUUGGUCCAACAACACUUGAAAUGGCAAUGGUAAGUAAAACCACUUAGUUUUCGAUCAUCUAAGUCUCUCUUGUGAGUUCUUCUUUGAAAAACUUCCGAUUGAUUAAAAAUUGGAGAAGUGUUUCAAUGUUUUUUUGUGGUUGUAGAAUAGUUGGAACUACUUCACUUAAUUAAAUCGAUAUAAAUGAUUUGAGCUCUUUUUUUUUUAUAUAUAUAUAUAUUUUUAAGUACCAAAAGCCUAGUGCUUUUGAUGAAUAAUUUGGUUUUGUUGCAACGCAAAUCAGUUAAAGAUUGAUUUUCUUUUUAUUACUUCUCUUUUCUAUUUUUUUUUCAAACUGUAGGUAUGUCAUUCUUAUAGUGAUUAAGUACGGCGUAGAUAUUUGAGAAUAUUACGCAAAUUGGAUCUAUUAGGCAAAAUAUUUACUCAAAUUGGACCCAAUCCAAUACAUUUAUCCUGAGAUCCACGGCCCAAACAAUGACCCGACUGCUCCAUUGUUCUAUUCACUGAACCACCAUUUUUAUAAUAUAUAUAUGCUCUGAUGGUAUCAACCCGUAAUUGAGCAGUCUUUUAACUUGAACAUUGUAUAUUCCUUUUGAUUCCAUCAAAGUAUAUGUUCUAAUGAUAUCAAAGAUUAACUGAAUGGUGUUCUCAUUGAAACAAUAUUUCUUCCUCUUAUAUAUAUACUUUGAUGAUAUUAAAUAGUAAACCGGUAUUAAUAGUAAAAAACAAGAGGGUAUGAAAGUAAAGGAGGUAGCUACUUCUCAAUAGUUUAUAGUUUUCCUUAAAGUUGUGAAUCUUUUUUUUAUCUCAAAGACUUUUAAAAAUAAAAAAUAAUAUAGGUGAGAAGUCCCUAUCAAAAUUUUGAAAGACACAAGUUAGAGAAAAGGCCACGUAAAAGUUAACAAAUGUGUUUUUGUAAGUAAGGAAAGGGAGAAGCACAAAUCAAGUGGCAAAAGGAUAAAUUCUAUAAAUAUAAUAUCACUUUGAGACAAAUUCCUCCCUUUUCUCCAAAACACAUUGCGUGACUUCACCUCAUUGUCUUUAUUUUUCAUUUCCUUUUUGUUUAACAAAAAGUUAUUAAUUUUCUUGCUUUAUCUCCAAGCAUUCUUCUUUAUUCCCCCCUUUCACCACAAUUCCAAACUUUUCGAAACAUUGUUUGUUUGAAUAUUUUUUCAUUGUAGUAAAAUAUUUAUUAUAAAGGGUGAUAUAUUGUAAAAUAACCAAAAAAAAUGAUUUCCGAUAAAACUUGAUUGUUAUUAAGGAUGGUUGUAGAAAUUAUUAUCAUGUUAAGUUAACCUAGACUAAGAUAGUAUUACUUGUCAUAACAACCCUAAUAAACUAACUCAAACGAUCGUAUGAUAGCCUGUUUUAUCUUUAAAUCCAGAACUUAAAUGUGCUGUCAGUAUAUAUAAAUUAAAUUUAUUAUUUAUUCUUGAGGAAAAAAGGGAACAAAGCAUAUAAAGUACAAGAUUUAAAAUGCUAGUUUUGAUGGUAAAUAUUAAACAAGGAAUGCAUGUCUUGCAUCUUUCCCCUACCACCAAAUCCCCCCACCCCCACUUUUCCACCUUACUAAUUCACCUCUUUAUCUACUUCUCCACCCUUUGAUAAUCUCCCAAAGUAAGCAUCUUUCUCUUGUGUUAUAAUAUGUAAGUAAUGGGAAGGACAUUCGCAGCUUGUCUUUCUCCAUUUCACCAAAGAAAAUGCAUCUUUCAUAUUACAAAUAGUGAAACUAUGGCUCUCUUUGCUUCAUUCACCAAAGAAAUCAAGAAUCUCCAAUCAUCACUACUAUCCAACAAUUCUUUAACUCUUCAAUGGUGUGUAGAAGCCAUGACUCUACUGAAAAAACUCCACUCUCAAUUUCUUCUCAUCAUAUUGGAGAAAUCAAAGGGAAUACAUUUUACAUGGAUCAAUGAUGACAUGUUGAAUCUAUACAUGAAUGAGAGUUUAAACAUCAUGGAGCUUUGUAACAUGUUGAAGUCAUCAAGUUUUAAGAUCAACAUGUAUCAUUUAACAAUUGAUACUACAAUCAAGAAUCUAAAUCAUCAUGAGGCUAAAGCAUUUGCCAGUAUGCAACCAAUUGUACAAAGAGACAACAAGAGUAUUCUUAUUCAAGAAAUGCAAAGAGAUUGUUGUUCAAGUUUGGUUUGCACAAUUAGAGUUGCAAUGAGUUUAUUAUCUUACAUUCUUUUGAAUGUUUUUAUGUAUCCAACUAAGAAUUAUAAGGUUGAAGUUGUUGAUAGGAUUUGUUGCAAGUACUCUUCUCCAAUUAAGUCAUUCAAGGACUCAGUUAAUGAACUUGCCACUGAAUUUCAAAGGAAAUAUUACAAAGAUGGAGAAAGGGGAGUAAUAAGAUUUUAUGAGUAUGAAGAAAUGGAGAAGGCAAUAGUGGAAGCAAAAGAAAAGUUUAAAAGUGGAUAUGAAGAAGAAGAAAUAAAGAGAAUUAAAGAUGUUAUUUUUCAGAAAUCUAUAGCUCUAAAGCCUGGUUUGGAGAAGUUUGAAUUACAAGUUGAUCAAGUAUUUGAAGAGGUGCUAAAAGGAAGGAAUAAAUUGCUCCAAAUGGUUGGUAAAGCCAAUGGAAUUUUUAGAUAAGUCAUACUUUACUUCUUGUAUAUAUUUCUUCUUCAUUUUUUUUCAAGGGCAGAGUUGGUUAAUAUAUAUAUAUAUAUGGUCCACUUUAUAUGA